UCCCGGUAGUCUGGUUUCAACGGGCUUGCAGCUCAGUCCAGCUGUCUGGUUUGGCCUCGUGGGGUACAUACACUGCUCAACCCGGGCGAUGCGAAAGUGGGGUAUUUUUGUUUGAUGCCGAGGUUGUUUACAAGUCCGUGAGGGUACCCUCGCAGGUAAUAGUCCAUGUGCAUUGAAUAUACCCAAGUGUCUUAUUUGUCUUGCUUUCAAAUACCUUGGACAGAGUAUAUCCUGAAGGGCGGCAUUGACAUGUCUAUCGGCUCAAGUUCUUGGGCCAAUUACCCAAAGAGAAAGCCAAAUCGAGUGGGGAGACGCUCAAAGAACCGUUGUUUUCAUUGCUUUUUUUUUUGUCUUGCUGCUCAAACAUCUAAAACGAGCUGGAGUGACUAAACGGGGGGGAAUGCCAUUGCUGCUUCUUUUUUACGCUCUCUUUUUGCAAAAUGCCGACCACAAUGUUAACUCAAAACACAGACGUGAAAAAGAAAAGGAACUCCACGAGUCGAAACCAAAAGGACAAGAAAUCGCCGCCUAAUCAAGUUUUUGCCUCCAGCGCCGUACAAUGUCUCCGGAAUCCUUCUGCACUUCACUCUCUUCUGCCACAUCUCGUCCUGGCACCUUUUCCUUUUGCCGUUUUUAUUCAAGUCCGUCGAGGAUUUUUCACCCGUUGGUGGCACAUCUCAACAUGCCCGCACUCACUCUGGUCUCACUGAGCUGACCCCUUCUGAUCCCCUGCUCUUUUCUCUCCGUUUCUUGGAAUGGUUGGAUUGGAGGACUCUGCAUCCAUCAACUUCAAACACUUGACCUCCCCAAGAAUCAGACCUCAUUAUUACCCCUUCAGCGGCAAGCAAAUAUAGUCCAGCAUACCGUCAUCAUCAUGCUGUUGAAUCACAAACGCCCC